UUAUUUUUCGUUUUUAUAGAGGAAACUACAAGAGAAAGCAAGAAAAGAAAAAAUAAGACGUCACCGGAGAAGGAUGAAGGUGCCUUAAUAGCUUUAAAUGUCAGAGCCAACAAAUAUGACCAAUCCAUCUCGCACAACCUUAUGUCACGUUUUGUUUUUGUUUUUUUUGCAACAGCUCUUACGUACAAAGACCCGAUGACACGGGUAUUAAGCAACCUCCUAAGUACCCAAUUCCAGGGCGGCAGGAGAGAAAAGGGUCUUAUUCUUCCGCCAUAAUGGGAAACGAGAAGAACCUGCGGAUGAGGCUGCCAUCCUUUUUUUAAGAGGGUUUCUGUGGCUAAAAGUUGCUUUUUAUCAUCCGAUAAGCGUAAAAUUGAAGGCUUAUAGUUUUUUCCUUUUUUAUUGUAGAACCUCCACCAGAUCAACAGGAAAGAAAAAAGGCUAAAAAGCAGAAGACCAAAGGUACCCUCUCAAAGCAAGUAGUGGGUAACAAAUAGAUUUAGCCAUGGCUAAAAGCGAAGCUCUUGUGGAAUCUUUUAAGAAAUUUAGUGGCCUAAGAUUUUUUGCUAAUAAUCACGUUGAGUGUCAUUUAUGACAAAUGAAUCAAGUUGAUCCUUAGAAACUCGUUUUGAAAACAAAGGGUAUGGAAAGGGAGAUGUUGAUAUUGAUGCUGUUCAAAACUGAACAAUUGACGAAACCUUACUAGUGUUAGGGAUAGGAUACAUUCUAAUUUGGGCCGGGGCUUCGGGUAUGCCGGGUCUGAUUUGUUUACUAUAUUAAUAAAGCUUGUCAAUUAACUAAGCCAGGGAUAAGGUCUUUCAUGAAUGGUUGCCCUGAUAGAGGAAAGAGAAAAUACGUAGUUUAUUCGUAGUGUCUAAAGGAAAACCUUAACUUACUGGUUUUGUUGAUGCAGAUUUUUUGUUUGUUCCUUUUUAAAGAAAUAGAAGAUGGCGCGGUUGUUGAGUAUGAUUUGGAAGGGUUGUCAACGGAGCUUGGGAAAUCGUGGAAAGCGCUUGCUAAGCGCUUGAAAUUCGGCCAAGGAACAAUACAAGGAUUUGACCAUGAUAACGAAGACCUCCGUGACAAAUCUUACAGCAUGUUGGUUGCGUGGCAAAAUAGAGACGGGUCGUCAGCAACUUACGAAGUCUUGUACAAAGCUUUGUGUCAUGAAUAUGUUGGACGUAUGAAGUUAGCAGAAAAGUAUUGCAUUCGUAAAUCCACAGACAAAGAAGAGUGCACAUGUGAGGGUUGA